AUAUUACGACAUCAAACGCAGAGAUUCUACCUGCAUCAUUUCAUUCGAAGCACAGCAUCCAUAUAUUUCCCACUUCAAUCUGAAGAGUUUCUGAGAUUUGUUCUCACGAUUGGCGAGAGCAGCGCAUGCAUGCUCGGGGCGGUUCUCGUUGCAAGCUGCCACCACCAUGUGCGACUCAAGGGAGAUGAGAAUAGCGAGUUCGCUGCGACUGAGGCCACGGUACAGACUCUCUCAAGUCUCCAAACAGCCAUCAGCGCGCCAAGAUCCCAAAGCGGGACACUGGCAACGUCUCUGAUGCUGGCGACUACUUGUCUCUGCACGGGUGACACCGUCACGUAUCGUCAGCAUCUUGAAGGCGCCCGGAUGUUCGCACAAGAGGUCGGAGCCCUAUCAACAACAGACGAGCUAUGGUCUUUUGACAUCAAAUGGCUCGCGCACUUAUUGCUGAUGGACCAAGUCUCAUCCUCACCAAACACCUUUUCCUGGCGGAAGCGCCCAAUCAACUGGGUCCAGCUUGCCCAAGCCAUGCCAAGUCCCGGGGAAAUCGAUCCCACCACUUACCUGUCCUUUGACCUGAUCACAAUCAUCGACGAGAUAUGCGACUGUUCUCAUCUCCCCGUAGAUAGCAUUGCCGAAGAACGUGCGCAAAUCCUGGAAUGCCGGCUGUCGGACCUACGCAGCCAAGUAUCCCACGAGACCCAAGUACAGUCGCAACUCGUACUUGUCCAUUUGCUUUAUUCAGAUGCUGCGCUCCUGACGCUGUAUAUUCGGCUGCUGGGAUUGGAUAGAAAUGACCUCCGUGUCGUGUCAAUCCUUGCAUCCAUGCAAUCGACCCUGAGCAAGAUCGACAAAUACUCGACAGCUAAUAUCCCGCUGUUAUGGCCCCUUCUGGUAGGCGGAUGCGAAGCGCGUUCAGACGCCGAGCGACAGACUUUCGCAGGACGAAUGGCCGCAAUGGCAACUCACGGCGUUGGGAACUGCAAUAUUGUGCUUAGUUUCAUGAGGAAGUACUGA